AAAACCCCUGAACGGACACCGAACGGUGCAGUUUAUCUCGACUCAUUUCUGGGUAACUCGUUGCCGCAUUGAUAAAAAAAUGUCACUCGAAACACCAGCCGGGGUGAAGAACCCUUCCGCCCCGAAAUUCAGUUGGGACUAUGAUGUUCCUGAGAUUCCUUUCUGGUCAGACUUGAAAUACACAACUGGUCGCAACUUUCUCCAAUGCUACAACGAAGGAGAAAUCAUGGCAAUGGACCCCGACUUCGACGGCAUGGGCUCUGCAGUGAAGCAAGACAAGCUACGGUUCCUCCUCGAAAAGCUCAGAGGUAAAUUUUCCAGCCGUGACGCGGCAGCUGGGCCAAGAGGCCUAGCUAUCACGGACUAUCCCCAGUGGAUGAAAUUGACAUUGGCCCGCAUGACUGUCCUGUCCGAACUGGGCAUGCAGACCGAGCAAGAGGCCGCCAUCCAAGCCAUGAUGGAUACCCCGAACCCGGCCAAACCGGGCGUGGUCAACAUCUCAGCCGUCAACAUGAUGGCAGCUCUCAAGGAGGAGCAGGGCCUCUUUGCUGAAGCGGAAGAGCUCUCCAGGAAGGUGGUGCCUGUCUUUGAUGAGAUGAUGGGGGCCGACAGUCCCCCCUCACAAGGGGCUAGGAGAAACCUUAUCAGCUGUAUUUGGAAGGCCGGGAAGCCCGAUGAGGCGAAGAGGCUGGCAGAGGAGACGAGACUGGUCAUUGAUGCUAUGGGGGAGAAGCAGAGCCAGUAUUUGAAGUAUCAGGAUGAUGAACGAAAGUAUUUGGACGAGGCGAUGGCAGACCUGGAGGCCUGGGGCGCAAAGGAGACUUGACUCUCUCACACCCCAGUCUGCACAUGGCGUUUGAAAAUCAUACCGAUGCGAAAGUCUCAUCUGACGAUGCGGUAUACAUCGCAUUAUGGCAAAAAAUGUGGACUUGAGAAUCCAACACAAUGAUACUUAAGUAUGAAAUAAGUACUCAAACGCUGUAAAGGUCAUAUUCGUACUCGUAUGAUUCGUCAUCAUCCUCAGAAUCCCCAGCAGACGGCGAGAAGAAUAGAUGAUCACAAAUCCACUCAACAUUGAAUUCGACACCGUGUAUUGAAAAUGCGCUCUUCAUCUCUUCUAUUCCCUGGUCGGUCUUGAGAGGUGCGCAGUCGAAAUCCCCAUCAUCGUCUUCAUCAUCUGACUCUAUUCCCCGUGCCCCAAACGAAUGGAAGGUCGGCACUGCUGCGAGAGUCACCUUUCUCAGGUGACAAAGCUUCAUCUCCUUCCCUCCAGAUUCGUCGUCGACGACCAAAAGAGUCCAGAGGGCUGCCUGCACCCAGGCCAUUGCCUGCCUCUCGAGUCGUGAACUGCUAGAUAGCGCUCGAAGGUCCCUUCUUGUCCACGUCUCAGUGAGUCUGAUCACUUCGAUAGACCGAGGCAGUCUCUUGCAGAGAGGGACUAUGGCCACCUCCUCGUCCAUGUCCAGCGAGAUGGGAAUGAGCCAUCUGAUGUCGAUCGACAGAUGGGUGAGUCUCUCGAACGAGCCCAGAACCACGAUCAGCUCGAGGUCGCGAUAUUCCUGGUCGCCGUUGUCCCAGGACCGUUGAACGUUCCCCAGGGUCAGUUCCUUUACAGUAUCCUUGAUUGGUUCCAGUGCCUCAUUCAUAGAGAAGAAAUCACGAGGCAUAAAGGCAUACUCGGUAUAUCGGGGUUCCGAAUAGUCCUGCCUCCAUUCUUGUUGCCUCGUAGUGUAAUGAAAUACCUCAAGGCUGUGGGCCUGCUCCAGAAGAUGUCGCAAGUACGAAGGGGUUGUCCUGCUCUCGUAGAGCUUCAGGCUCUUGAGGGAGCGGAAUCCCUUCAAGUCCAGGGGUAGUUCCUCAUCUGUCCACGGGCCAUGAUCGGGCUUGAGGAGUUUGAACCAGAUGCCGUUGUCGCCGCAACAUUCUACUGCCUCGACGGUGUCCAUCUCAAAAGCACGCAGGCAUAAAGGAUCUAUCCCAAAAGCUGGGUCGUAACGCCCGGGCACGACGUUGCGUGGCCUUAUCUCCCUGUAUCCUGACUUGUGAGACUUGCAUUCCACGAGACGCGUUGGCUGGGCCCGAACACUCCUUAGCGAUUUGAGCACACCGGAUGGAUGUAUACUCCGACCUAAGCUGAGAGCGUUUGCGAGGUGUAGGAGAUGGUCGUCCAGGUGAGGCUCUUGGUCGGUCGGUAUCUGCAAGAGAAGGUCCUCCAAAUGCGUCGUCAAGCAUAAGAUAACAGCCAGCAACUCAUCGAAAAAUUGGAACGGACCAUCCCAUAGAAAUUCGCCAUCGUCCCAUCGGUCCUCUCGUAGGACGCGGCCAACUUCCAAUCCACAGAAAAGCAGUGCUGACUUUUCCCGUGGGUCCAGGCCCGUUUCCUUGCACGGCGCAAUCAGUCGAUUCCAUAUAGGCAGAGCCUGCAAAUGAUCCGUCUCAGACAUGAUGCUCAUGGGGCAAGCCAUAGAGCGUAUCCAUGAUCUCCUGUCCCGUUUGACCAGCAGGGCGUGCAAAAGAUGCACAAACUGCUUGUCAUGAGUAAGAGCGAUGCUCUCAUAUAGCAAGGGCUCGGCCAGCCCAAAGAAGCGGCGCGAUGUGAGGCACAGCCUGACGAGUGCCGAGCGGGCGUCGAUGAAGUCCGGGUUUAGGGACCGCGGGGUUCCAACAGGCAGGCGAGGCAGUCGGAGCUCUUCGACCACCAUGCGCUGUAGCUCUGCCGGGAGCCUGAGAAGCAUUGCUGGAUGGAUCGCACGGAACCAGCUGCGCUGAAGGAGGUGACGCGGUCUGCGCGUGUGCUCAGGAGUGGCCUUGUAACGCAGUGCACCCAGCGCUAAAAACCCCCGAGGUCGUGCGUUGGGCUUCAGACAGGACUGUGAACCAAGGAUAUGCGACCUUUGACAGUCAAGUACGUACUGAGGUAUGGAUGUUUGAG